AUGCUGUCCAAUUCACCAACAAAACCUCACGCUGGGCAGAGGCAACACCACCGCCGCCAGAACUCGACACCCUCUGCCCCUUUCGACACCGUGAAGGUCCCGACCCUGCAGAGUGCCGCCCAACGUAGAGCAGCCGGCCACCGCCGUGGCAUGAGCCUCGACAUUAGGAGACAACAUGCGGCACCAGCUAACAUCAGACAGGAUUACGUGCAGCAACGCAUUCAAGCACGCCCGGGCCCCCAGCACAACCUCUACUCUCACCCCCAACUACCUCACAGCAGCAGUGACAGCUAUCUGGUGUCUCCCCAUGGCACCCCCCAUGCUCAAAGAUUCGAUCCAUCAUGCCUCGACCCUGGAUCAAUUCCAUUUGACCCCUACGGUGAGCAUAUGCAGACAUUCAUGCAGAACCAAGCUAGCUUUGGCCAAAACAUGAAUGUAUCGAAAGACUUUGAGCUCUUUACCACAGAUAGUGCUCUCUCUACACCCACAUUUAUGAACUUCGCAGAGAGUCCUUCCGCACCCGGUUGGAUCUCCGAGGGCGAGACCUCAAGUACAAGAAGGUCCUCUCGAAGAAUCAGCAACGGCAUCAUGGACCGUGUCUCCAAGUUCGAGAAUCUGGGUUUGGACAACGUACCAAGACCAAUCACACCCCCACAUGCAGACGCAAAUAACUAUUUCCCCCCAACCCCUACAGAUACUCCACAUGACCGUAUGUGCAAGCAGGAGCCUGUGCCCAACCGGUUCACUGAAGGUUAUGAUGAGUCUUUGGAAGAGACCAUCAAGCCAGUCAGGGCUCGUUCCAACCUUGGAACGCAGUCCAUCUUCCAAGAUAUGCGACAAGAAGCAGAGACGCAAUCUGAACAGCCAAGCUCUGCCAGGUCCGCGUCAUUUCCAGUCUCUCAGAUGCAGGGCCCCAUCUACCCGGCCAAUGAAUUCAGCGAGGAAGAGUUCCUGAAUAUGCAAGCUUCCUUUGAUGGACUCGUCUCCGGUGCCAUUAUUGGUGGGCCACCAUCCGUCCACAGCUCCACGCCCAGCACUCCCCACAGAGCCCAGUUCUCAGCUUCUUUUGACAGUGCUCAACUCAGCUCCCUUCAAAGCACUCCCCAUUCAGCUGCCCCUUCCCAGUCGCCAGUCCACCGUAGUUCGCACCAUCGACGAACUGAGUCUCUUGCAAGCAUUGCCAGCGCUGCUAGCAUCGCAAGCAUCAACAUUGAAGAGACCAAGACCGAGACUGGAGUGACGGUUGAUGACAUUGCUCAGUUCAUCUGUGGACCCGAUUUAAAUGACGGCAAAUGGACCUGCGUUUAUGAGGGCUGUGGCAAGAAGUUCGGCCGCAAGGAGAACAUCAAGUCUCACGUUCAGACUCAUCUGAACGAUCGCCAGUAUCAGUGCCCUACAUGCAAGAAAUGCUUCGUUCGCCAGCACGAUUUAAAGCGCCAUGCCAAGAUCCAUACUGGAAUCAAGCCAUACCCCUGCGAGUGUGGAAACAGCUUUGCUAGACACGACGCCUUGACCAGGCACAGGCAGCGCGGCAUGUGCAUCGGUGCUUUUGAUGGUAUUGUCAGGAAGGUGGUAAAGCGCGGUCGACCCAAGAAGAAUCGUCCGGACAUGGAAGAAAGGACCACCAAGUCGGCGAGGCAAAGAAGGAAGAACCUGUCUGUGAGCUCUGUCUCCUCACAAUCGGGAUAUACGGACAGCUCAGCAGCCAAUUCUCCGGACAAUGAUCUGGAUAUGCUUGAUGAUAUGCUCGACCUGGGCCUCGACUCACAGCCUCAACAAAUGGCCUCAAGCUCAUCAGCACUCAUGCCUUCGGUGACAAGCCAAAUACCCAACGACGUGAUGCCGUCUCCUUCUGUUGACACGCCUCACUCCUACGUCUCACCCGAAGCCAUCAUGGAAAAGAUCCAUUCCCGCCCAGUAUCACCAUCCAAGAGCGUUGCCAGCACCUACAACACUCCUCCUGAGCUCUCGCAGUCAUCGUCACCUCCUCCUGCACGUUUGUGCGACUUCGAAGCCAACACAUCAUGCGGCCCUGAUGACGUUGCUACCUUGACGGCAAGCAGCAGUAUUUUGAGCUCAGCAAGCCUCGAUGGCACGAUUCCCCUUCCGUUUGGCGACCAAGAUUCAAACCUUCUUUUGUCGUUUAGCCACGAUGAAGGAAUUGUCCCUCUGGACCGGGAUCCCAAUAUGAUGAUGCUCAGCAAGUUUGACGACGAGUUUGGCAGCACGAGCGAUAUGUUUGUUGACAACGACGACCUUUUCUUCGGCACCUCAUGA